AUGUCACUAUUUCUUGGUGAUGAUAAAGAAAAGAUUUUGUUUAUAGCAGUUAUAUGUGGGGACUGUAUCACAUGUGCCGUGAUUCAUUUCGAUGGCGUCCCGUUCCGAUGUGACUUUGAUGGAACUCUAGACGUCAGUGGGAAUGGUGUUGCACCCGAAUGUAAUUGUGCCACGUGCUCCUGUGACGUAGGAUAUCAAAACUGGUGUGGGGCAGAAGCGAGCCUCUCUGAAGGCAUUGAAACACACAUAGAUUACACCACUGAAGACAUUCCUCGACCUACUUCUCUAUCAGGAGCAGAUGAGAGAAUACUUCUCAGUGUAUAUUCUAAAACAUCAUUGGAUGGAGCGUAUGUAGCCUGGUCGGAAUUCUUCGGGGACGGGAGCAUUGGAGGCUGUUCAAACAAUGGCUACUUGGCAUUUAGCUGUUUUCAGUUCCAACAAAUUCGUAAAUUCCUUCUGCAAAAGAUUUCAGAUGUUGCCAUAGAUGUCUCGUUCUUCUCGCGCGUAUAUGCUUCGUUGUUGAAUAACCCCAGUGACGCAACAUUGAGUGCCAAAGUCCAAUUAACUUUGAAUUUUUUCGAGAUAUUGGAAGCGUUUGUCCAAAAGAUGGUUGUCAUACUUGAUAAGGCUGCCACUGAUGCAUCACCGAGAGGAGCGGGGCACCAGUGUAUCGCUGACACCAUGUGCAGUGGCGUACCCCAAUGCAACAACACUGAAUGCACGUGCCCAGAGGCCAACGAGUGCCAGUCUGAAAACGACUGCAGCGACAAAGGUCCUAAUAAGCAGAAAUGCAAAGAAAAUAAGGCUGGUUUGAUGGUGUGUGGUGAUCCACAUGUAAAACAAUCCGUCAAAGGCUCCGAUAGAUGGUUUUGUUACGAUUUCAUGGGAGUUCCUGGUGAACGUUAUUUAUUUUUAGAGGAUGGUGACUUUCGCAUUACAACAACUUUUGUUAAUGUGUUGGACGGUGAAGAACGGGUUGACUAUGUCAGCGACCUAGAUAUUGACUACAAUGAAGUGAACAUUCACCUCAGUCCGACUAACAUCACUAUUAAAGAGGGUAGUCUUGAAUACGAAACAGUCAAAUGGAAAUCAGGAAAUGUCUCCGUACCAAAAGGGUUCAUCAAAACGACAAGGAAAAGAGCAGAUUUUGUCAUAAAUGAUGGCGCGACGAGAAUAAAUGUUAUUCGAAGGGGGUUUGCAAAGAAACAUCCAUUUCUCAACUUCGGACUCACACAAACUGAGCAGUUAAACGAUAAUGCUGGUGGAAUAAUGGGUUCUAUUAGUAACACGAUGAAGUUUAAUCCCAACGUUGUUGGUAACAGGGGGAUUAUAGAAUGGUUCGGUAAUCGGGUCCCAGUUCAUGAGGAUAGUAACCACUGUCUGAAGGUUGAUAAAACAUUCACUACCAAGUUCAAUGGUUUAUUGGAGAAAUUCCGAAUCGCCAAAGAUAGUGGAAAACCUGAUGCAGUGGCGGAGAUUACAAAUGAUAAUGACACAUUUGAGUCUGUUGAAGUUACAAAUGAUGAUGAAGUCGAAACCUCAUUCAAUGCACUUGCUUAUAAUGACGAAGACAAUGCUGAAGCUACCAAAAGUGAUGACGUGGACGCACUUACAGACAGAAUAAUGCGUUUCGUGUCUCGCAAGCUCAAACAGAAGAGAAUCCAAAAACGCAAUAAUAAGAUCAACUCUCUGAUGACUAAGAGAAAAAGUUAUGAAGAGCCAUUUAAUGCUAACUUUGUCAAAUAUGUUGCCUCUGAUGUCGAUGCUUCCCAUCGGGAAGACGUCGCGAAUAACAAUGAUGAGGAUGCCGCCUUUAAUGCAACUGUAAUCAAUGAUGAUGUCGCCUUUAAUGCAAAUGCAGUCAGGGAUGAGAACGCCGCCUUUAAUGCAAAUGCAAUCGAUGAUGACGACGUCGCCUUUAAUGCAAAUGCAAUCAAUGAUGAUGUCGCCUUUGAUGCAAAUGCAGUCAGUGAUGAGGACGCCGCCUUUAAUGCAAAUGCAAUCGAUGAUGAUGUCGCCUUUAAUGCAAAUGCAUUCAGUAAUGAGGACGUGGCUUUUAAUGCAAAUGUAAUCAAUGAUGACGACCUCACCUUUAACGCAAAUGCCGUCAGUCAUGAGGACGCCGCCUUUAACGCAAAUGCAAUCAGUGAUGAGGACGUCGUCUUUAAUGCAAAUGUAUUCAAUGAUGAUGACGUAACCUUAAAUGCAAAUACAAUCAAUGAUGAGGAUGCUGCCUUUAAUGCAAAUGCAAUCAAUGGUGAGGAUUCCCCCUUUAAUGCAAAUGCAAUCAAUGACGAGGAUGCCGCCUUUAAUGCAAAUGCAACCAUUGAUGAGAACGUCGCCUUUAAUACAAAUGCUAUCAAUGAUGAUGACGUAACCUUUAAUGUAAAUGCAAUCAAUGACGAGGAUACCCCCUCUAAUGCAAAUACAAUCAGUGAUGACGACGUCGCCUUUAAUGCUAAUACAAUCAGUGAUGACGACGUCGCCUUUAAUGCAAAUGCAGCCAGUGAUGAGGAUUCCCCCUUUAAUGCAAAUGCAAUCAAUGAUGAGGAUUCCCCCUUUAAUGCAAAUACAAUCAGUGAUGACGACGUCGCCUUUAAUGCAAAUGCAGCCAGUGAUGAGGAUUCCCCCUUUAAUGCAAAUGCAAUCAAUGAUGAGGAUUCCCCCUUUAAUGCAAAUACAAUCAAUGAUGACGACGUCGCCUUUAACGCAAAUGCAGCCAGUGAUGAGGAUGCCACCUUUAAUGCAAAUGCAAUCAGUGAUGAAGAUUCCCCCUUCAAUGCAAAUGCAACCAUUGAUGAGAACGUCGCCUUUAAUACAAAUGCUAUCAAUGAUGAUGACGUAACCUUUAAUGUAAAUGCAAUCAAUGAUGAGGAUACCCCCUCUAAUGCAAAUACAAUCAGUGAUGACGACGUCGCCUUUAAUGCAAAUACAAUCAGUGAUGACGACGUCGCCUUUAAUGCAAAUGCAGCCAGUGAUGAGGAUUCCCCCUUUAAUGCAAAUGCAAUCAAUGAUGAGGAUUCCCCCUUUAAUGCAAAUACAAUCAAUGAUGACGACGUCGCCUUUAACGCAAAUGCAGCCAGUGAUGAGGAUGCCACCUUUAAUGCAAAUGCAAUCAGUGAUGAGGAUGUCACCUUUAAUGCAAAUGCAAUCAAUGAUGAAGAUUCCCCCUUUAAUGCAAAUACAAUCAGUGAUGACGACGUCGCCUUUAACGCAAAUGCAGCCAGUGAUGAGGAUGCCACCUUUAAUGCAAAUACAAUCAGUGAUGACGACGUCGCCUUUAAUGCAAAUGCAGCCAGUGAUGAGGAUGCCACCUUUAAUGCAAAUGCAAUCAGUGAUGAGGAUGUCGCCUUUAAUGCAAAUGCAAUCAGUGAUGACGACGUCGCCUUUAAUGCAAAUGCAGCCAGUGAUGAGGAUGCCACCUUUAAUGCAAAUGCAGCCAGUGAUGAGGAUGCCACCUUUAAUGCAAAUGCAAUCAAUGAUGAGGAUUCCCCCUUUAAUGCAAAUGCAAUCAGUGAUGACGAUGUCGCCUUUAAUGCAAAUGCAGCCAGUGAUGAGGAUGCCACCUUUAAUGCAAAUGCUAUCAAUGAUGAUGAUGUAACCUUUAAUGCAAAUGCAAUCAAUGAUGAGGAUACCCCCUUUAAUGCAAAUACAAUCAGUAAUGACGACAUUGCCUUAAAUGCAAAUCCAAUGAGUGAUGGGGACUUUACAUUGAAAAUGAAUGAUGUCAUUGAUAAAAUCAGAAUAUCUAAAUCCAAUGAGGAAGAAGCCAAAUUAUAUUUCAACGCUGAUGAUGCAAUCUUUAAGGCCAAUGUUGUAAAUGAUGAUGACGUAACCUUUGAUGCAAAUGCUAUAAAUGAUGUUGAUGAUGAUGAUGUCAAUGAGGAAUUUGCCAUAUGA